AGAAAAAAUUUAAAGGGUGAUGAAAUAGAAAGACACUUGUCACGAAGUUAUGUACGCGUAGCCAAAAAGUAGUUAUGAUCAAUCUUCUUCUGUUCUUCAGACUCUUAGCUCAGAAGAAAACCUAAGACAAGCAAGGCAUAGGCAUGGGUGGCGACACAAUCACAAUCACUCCUGAAUCUCACGAUUCCCCUCAACUGUCACGAUCUCCAACCCCUUCUUUGCUCGGCAUGAAGUUUUGUAAAGGAACACUGGUGAAUGAUGAGGAUGGAGCGGUGUUUAGAGAAAUCCCCCAAGAAACUGGUCAGCUAUCUCCAGCUUCCUUGGACUUUGAAGCGGACCAGAGGAGGAGACGUUGCACACAAGUCUUGCUCAGUUAUGAUGAGUUGCGUACUCGUCUUGGGAGUUUGAGAGAGGCUAGGAACAAAAUUUUGAGGUAUUUACUAAUAUUCAUUUCUCCACAUGGGCACUGGUUCUGCGAAACAUGCAUCGCACUCUCUGUGUUGCAUUAAAAAGCACAUGUUUUUAUAUGUUUG